AUGCCCUCCGAACGACGCCAGAGCAACUUUGCCCGCCGCCUGAGCGCGGUCGGGGGCACGGACCGCCGGCACAGCAGCAUCGCCGACCACGACCAUCUCGCUGCGCUGGGCAUCAAGCAGGAGCUGAAGCGCAAUUUCUCGCCCCUCUCUAUGCUGGGACUGGCGUUUGCCAUUCUCAACUCCUGGACGGCGCUUUCUGCUUCGCUGUCGCUUGCGCUGCCGUCGGGUGGCUCGACUUCGGUGCUUUGGGGUCUGGUGACUGCGGGCAUUUGUAACUUGUGUUUGGCUGCGUCGUUGGCGGAGUUCCUUUCGGCGUACCCGACAGCAGGUGGCCAGUACCAUUGGGUUCAAGUGGUGGCCUGGACGAAAUGGAAGCCAUUGCUCAGCUGGAUCACCGGAUGGAUCAACGUCUUUGGCUGGAUGGCACUGACAGCCACCGCUGGCCUGCUCGGCAGCGACCUGAUCGUGGGCAUCAUUCCGCUCUUCCACCCCAACUACAAGGCCAAGACCUGGCAUGAGUUCCUACUCUACCUCGCCUACACUUUCAUUGCAGCCAUGGUGAAUGCCUUUGGCAACAGGAUUCUGCCCUACGUCAACAAGUUCGCCAUCACGUGGUCGAUUGCCGGAUUCACCAUCAUCUCCAUCACGGUACUUGCAUGCUCAUCGCCUCAUUACAACUCUGGCGAGCUUGUCUUUGCCGACUUUAUCAACACCACGGGCUGGCCAGACGGCGUUGCUUGGCUUCUCGGUCUGCUACAGGGCGGGUUAGGCUUGACAGGCUACGAUGCGACGGCCCACAUGGUCGAAGAAAUUCCCAACGCAGCAACCGAAGCGCCCAAAAUUCUCGUUUACUGCGUCCUCAUCGGAUUGUCGACCGGCUUCAUCUUCCUCAUGUGUCUGCUGUUUGUUGCCGGGCCCAUCAACCAGGUCAUUAGCUCCACAUACGGGCCCCUCGGUCAGAUCCUCCUCACCGCCACCGGCAGCAGGGCAGGCACCGUGUGCCUGCUAAUCUUCCCCCUCGCGUGCUUGAUGUUCGCAGGCAUCUCGAUCAUGACGACCAGCUCCCGCAUGACCUACGCCUUCGCUCGAGAUCGCGGCCUCCCAUUCUCCAAAUUCCUCGCACGUGUCCAUCCCACGCUGGAUGUCCCACUGGAAUCGCUGGCCCUCACCGUCAUCGUCGUCGUCAUCUUCGGCCUGAUCGAUCUCGGCUCCACCAGCGCCUUCAACGCCAUCAUCUCCGCCUCCGUCGUCGCUCUAGGCCUCACCUACGGCAUCCCCGUCGCAAUCAACGUGCUCCGCGGCAGACGCAUGCUCCCCGAAGCCCGCGCCUUCGCCCUCCCAGAAUGGCUCGCCUGGCCCGCCAACCUCCUCGGAAUCGCCUACGUCAUCCUCACCACCGUCCUCUUCGUCUUCCCUCCUGCCCUCCCCGUCACGGGCUCCAAUAUGAACUACUGCAUCGUCGCCUUCGCCAUCGUGCUCAUGAUCAGCGUGAUCCAAUGGUUCGUGGACGGGCGAAAGAACUACAAGGGCCCCAAGAUUGAAAUCGACAUGAGUCAGCUUACGGGCGCGCAGCGCGCCGAGAUUGAGGAGCAGAUGGGCGUCGAGGGGGUGGAGAUGGAGAAGGAGAAUGGGAAUUCGGGGUCGGAGCACGAGGCUGCGAUGGAGAGGCCGAAGGCCGAGUGA